UUCCCUUCGUCUUCAGCUCCAGGCUUCAAGCUCCCAGAGCCGGCUUUCGUCUAGACAUUUAGAGUUCGAGGUUGCCGAGCCCAAAAGACUCAAGCAAGUAGCAAGUCAUCUCAGCGGCAAAACCAAGAUGUCGGUCAUUCCAGAAACAUGGGGUGGCGUUCCGCUUGCGCCUCCCGACGCCAUCUACAAGCUGACCUAUGCGUACAACGAUGACCCGUACCCAGAGAAGGUCAACCUCGGCGUCGGUGCUUACAGAGACGACAAUGCCAAGCCGUGGAUUCUGCCCGUGGUAAGAAAGGCGACCGAAAUCACGGUGAACGACCCGGCGGUCGACCACGAAUACCUCCCCAUUACCGGCCUUGCGCAAUUUACGAGUGCCGCAGCGCGGCUCAUCUUGAGUCCCGAAUCUCCUGCCAUCGUGGAGAAUCGCGUUUCCAGUGUGCAGACCAUUUCGGGCACCGGCGCAAACUUCCUUGGCGCGCUUUUCCUCAGCCGCUUCUAUCAAUGGCCGGAAGGCCAAAAGAAGGUUGCAUAUGUCAGCGACCCGACAUGGGUGAACCACCAUCAGAUUCUGAAGGGUGUUGGUAUCGAGCCACUCACCUACCCGUACUACGACCCCGCUACGAUCGGGCUCGCUUUCGACAAAUACCUAGACACGCUCAAGUCAGCGCCUCCUCGUUCCGUUUUGCUCCUUCAUGCGUGUGCCCACAACCCCACCGGUGUGGACCCGACCCGGGAGCAGUGGUUGCAAAUCGCGGACGUCGUCCAGGAGCGGGCACACUAUGUGUUCUUCGACUCCGCAUAUCAAGGGUUCGCGAGCGGCGACCUGGACGCCGACGCCUGGGCUGUCCGCGAGUUCGUCAAACGGGGGAUCCCGCUAUUGAUUUGCCAGAGCUUCGCGAAAAAUGCAGGGCUUUACGGGGAGCGCGUUGGGGCGCUGCACAUCGUUUCGCCGACGCCAGAGGCUGCUGUGCGCAUCAAGAGUCAGCUGUCGGUCCUCACGCGCAGCGUAAUUAGCAGUCCGCCUGCACACGGAGCCAGGCUGAUGGCGCUUAUCAUGAACGAUCCAGUGCUGUUCGGGGAAUGGAAGCGGGACAUCAAGACGAUGGCGGAGCGCAUCAUCACCAUGCGGAAGGAACUGCAUCGCCUGCUCACCGACGAGUUGAAGACUCCUGGGAAUUGGGAUCACAUCGCCAACCAGAUCGGCAUGUUCAGUUUCACAGGCAUCACGGAGGAGCAGAGCCGCCUGCUGACGGAGAAGGCGCAUGUCUAUCUAACGACGAACGGGCGGAUUUCGAUGGCGGGGUUGAACAGUCACAACAUCCGGUAUUUUGCGGAGUGUCUAGACAAAGUGGUGCGGGGGCAGUUAUAGAGCAGCGGAGCGGGCCUGGCCAGGCCGUGGGGCGACUGGCCGGAGGUCGGUUCUCGAAAGCGGCGCGGGCGGCCAAUGGGAGGGCGCGGCGGUGUCCCGAGUGUACGACUGUUGAUGUUUGAAUAGAAGAAACGCCUUUUCGGGGUGGAAAACAGACGCUUGUA